AAACGAUUUCGCAUAAAGACCUCUUCUCAACAACAAGGCCAUUCAACAUGAAGAGACAAUGAAGACGCAAUACCAUAAAACACGAAGCAACGCCACAGAAAUUGCGAUUUAGUUUACUUUGCCGUCCAAACAUUUUAAGCAUAAACAACGCCAGACACAAAAACCAAAACCAAAACCAAUACAUACGAAAGGUCCCGCAGACCACAUAAUCAGCAAAAUGACCGAUUCCAACAAUCCAACAGCCGCCGCCCUGAUCAGAUGGGCAAACACAUCAUUCGAGCACCUUGACUCAAAGGUCGAGUCCCUCGCAGAUCUGAGCGAUGGACUAGUCCUAUCAAGAAUGCUAGGUAAAUAACCCCCUCCCCCUCCCCUUCCCCUCCGUCCUCUGCCCCUUACUGGCCUGCUGAAUUAAUGCUAACUGAUCGUCUAUAGAGGAAAUUGAUCCCGAGUUCGCUGUCCAAAACCUCGAUACCAACACCUCUUCCUCGAAAUGGGUGGUCAAGAAGCAAAAUUUGGAGGCAGUCUACAAAAAGCUACAACGAUACGUGCGCACUCACUGUGUAGAUGACACCGUCAACAAUGACGCUCUCGAGGCUGUUAUCGAUUUCAAUGCUAUUGCAGAACACGAGGACGCAGGAGAAACAACCAAGUUCCUGAAAGUAUUUUUGGUGGCUGCAAUUAACGGCAACAACGCACCAAAAUUCCUCCAGGUUAUCACCGAGGGCAAAUUGCCGGACGAUGUGUGUAUGGUAAUUAAGGAAAUCAUAUCUCCACCUUCCAAUGAGGAGGAAUCCAGACCCGAGACCAAAGGCGAUGCCCUUUCGCUCGAAGCAAUCCGUGCCGAAAAUACUGCCCUACAGAAGAAAAAUGGGGAUUUGAAUACGAGAUUAGAACAUUUGCAAUUUAGCUACGAUGAGUUACUCGAAUACGGGAGAACAAAAGAUGAACGAAUCGAUGAGCUCUUGAAGUUGCAAAAUGAGAAACCUGACGACCAUAUCAAAUAUCUGAGAGCUCAGCUCCUGGAACGCGACAACCUCAUUGCAACCCAAGAGGGUCAAAUAGAGGACGACCGUAUCAAGAUAGAACGUCAGACGAGAGAAUUGAGGGAACGUCCAGACCCAGAGCAAGUUCAAAAGCUUGAGGACCGAGCGAAGGAAUUACAGAUUCAGAACGAAGAUCUCUUCCAAAAGUCUAAAAUCUUGGACAAUUUCAAAAAGAAGUUGGAGAAACAAAAUAAUGUCGCCCAAGAGAAUACUGAGCUGCGUCAGCAGAUAGACAUCUUGAAUGACAAUCAGAGAGAUUUUGAUAAAGUUCACGAGGAGAACGAAACGCUGCAAGCAACGAUCACUCAAUAUCGUAAGCAAGCCGCUUCAUACGAGAAACAGGUUGUAGAGAUGGGCAGUCAAAAGAAGCUUUUGCAAGAAGAGAUACGCCAGCGGGAUGCUCGUAUUCAAAAUCUCCUUGAAGGUAAAGCGCACGAUGAGGAGUUUAUCCAAAACUUGCACGAACAAAUGCGAACCAGCUCGCCAAAGCUCGCAUCGCCACCUUCUCCUUCUGCAAAGGUCUCGCACCUUACUCUUGAGGAAGAACUUGCUCAAUCUAGUGAUUCAACUCCCAACCACGCCCUUGAGAUAUCACGACUUCAGGCGGAAAAUCAGCUUCUCAAGAGCCAGUUGGGGGGAACAACCGCUACCAAUCUUCGCAUCGAACUUGAUGAGUUAGAUGUUGUCCGGAAGAGGUUGGAAUCAAACUACCGAGAUUUGCAAGAGGAGAAUAUUCUUGCUCAAUAUCAACUCUCUGCUCUGAUGAGUCGUGUUGAAGCCGAAAAGUUAGUUACAGCUGAGACUCUCCAAAACAAGGUUGGCGUGAUGAAGAUGCUUACUAUUGAUUUCUACAGGGACGAAACAAUUGCCGUCACUCGAAAGCUAUACAUAGAAACCCUCUUCGAACUCAAUCAAGUCAAGGCGAAGCUAACAGAAGUGCAAACGGAGCUCUCUAGCAGAGACCGAGAGCUUCUACAAGCCAAGGCAGAUCUUUCCGCCAUUGACCAAGACGAACUUGAUGCUUUGGAAGAUCUCAAAGCCACUAACGAAAUUAUCACAUCUUCACUUCAAAACGAUCUGCUUGUUCUCCAGAACAAGUUCAAGACUUUAAUGACUGACCAUGAGCAGCAGAAGUCACACCUGGUCGACGCUCUGAUAGCUAAGGAUGCACUUAGCAAGGAGGCCGCUGAAUUGAAGGCAAACGGUGGCACAGGAACUACAACUGUGGCAUCACAAAAGACAGCAGAGGUAAGCACUAGAUUCAAGGUUUCCGGCAAUUCUGCACAGAACUCGGGGCCAGUCACCCAAGAAAGCGAAGACGCUGAGCUUGCUCGAGAGCUUGCCGCUCUUGGUAAAGCUCCCGCAGGGCUUCAUGAUACUUUUGCGAGCCCUCCAAUAGCGGCAAUUACAACUGCACGCUUAGAAAGCAUUCCAAGCUCAAGGGCAUCCUCGAUUUCCAGUGCUACUUCUCCUCUUGCAUCCUCUUCAGGGCUCUUUAUUUCACCUCCACCCCCAGCUACAGUUCGAGACUCACGUCUCUCUCGAGAAAGAAGAUACUAGAAGGGUGUUUAGCUAACGAAUCAUUCAGCAGUUCGAGAAGCAAGAAAAAAUCAUCCUAGCUCUUCAAAUAAGACUCAAAGCGGCAGAAGAAGGCGGAGCCGACGCACAAAAGGUAUCGUACCAGAUUUUUUCUUUUCGUUGUUUCCGUAAUUACCUUAAAUUGAUAUUAAUAAUUUUAAUUCCGUCAUUAUUUUUCACUUCUCUUCCCAUCGUGGAUUCUACGUCACCAAGUAAACAAUCGUGAUACAAAUACCUCAAACUAAUACGGCAUGGCAGGCUGCAAAGGACGCGAUCAUCAAAAAUCUCUCCCGAGAGAACGCUUUGAUUUCCAGCGCGUGGUACGACCUCACCGGCCGUCUACAAAGUAACCACCUGGUUCUACAGCGCCGUCAGGAUGCGCCAAAGAGCUGGUUGAAUAAACAGAGGCAGAUGGUGAAUACUAUACCAAGACGAUAGAAGGAUCUUUCUUUCCAGUCAAAGUUUCCUGUUUUGCAUUGGGAGGUAGCGAAUUUUGAUUCUGUAUAUGUGGAGGAUCGAUUGGACUUGGAGGAUAAGCAUUAUUUUUGUGAUAGAGGUAGCUUGGGUUUCUAUAGGUGUGUUGUGUGUGGGAUUCAUAUCGGUACUGUGUUUGCGUAUACCCCUUAGAUG